AUGAUACCUUGUCGUAUGAAUAACAUCAAGAAUAAUGUUCUACUGUUCAUAUCCGAUGAUUUACGAACGCAGCUGGGAGCAUAUGAAGGGCCGGACUCUCCAGGAGGAACUGUUCAGAAGAUGUACACACCAACGACGCAGAGUCUUCUUCUAAAGCGCGGAUAUAUACAGAUAACACCAUGUUCACCCAGAAGAUCGUCCAUGUUGACAAGUCGUCGACCACAUAACACACGCGUUUAUAACAAUGCCCCAAAUUUCCGGAAAGUUGGUGGAUAUUUUACGAUUCUUCCGCAGUAUUUCAAACAACAUUGUUAUACCACCGUUGGACUGGGAAAAGUGUUCCAUCCUUCCUCCUCACCUGAGGAACAUGAAACGUGGUCGAAACCUUUCUUUCGCGGAACUAAAACAUUUGAGGAUAAGAAACACAGUUGGAAUGCCAUCCCAGAUCACCUUGUCAAGAGGCAACGGCCUUUAAAUGACCAACAACUCGCUGACCGCACGGUCAAAACAUUGAGGACUUUGGAACCACAGGCUGUUUCUGGUACUCAGCCGUUUUACAUUGCCACAGGCUUCUACAAGCCCCAUCUUUCUUUAGUUUUCUCUGAGUCCUUUCUGGGGCAUGACCGUGAUGUUGAACUACCAUCCAAUUCGUAUGCACCGCGAGAAAUGCCUACAAUCGGCUGGAGUCCAUAUAUGGAACUGAACUCGUACGCAGAUAUCAAAAAACUCCGUGUGAGUAGUGCGAUGAACGCGACCUUUGCUGAUAAAGUGGCUUUAGUUUAA